AGCUGUUGCUUAAUGUCAAGGUUGAACGGAGCCAUCUUGCUAUCGCUUCAGAAGAUUUAUUAAAAAUAACCUUUUAUUAAUUUCCUCCUACAUCUUUAGAGGACGAUUGUAAGUAAUUUAAUUUUUCGGAUCUAAGUAUAUACUAAAACCGGUUCAAUCAAACAAUUGAGAGUAUUAUCAUUUUGUUAAAAAAAUAAAACGUCUAUUUAAUCACAAUAUUGUUGUUUUUUGUUAUAAAAAAGGCGCAGGAAAGAUGACGGAUUCGAAGUACUUUACAACUACGAAAAAAGGAGAAAUCUUUGAACUGAAAGCAGAAUUGAAUUGCGAGAAGAAAGAUAGAAAGAGAGAGGCUGUUAAAAAAGUAAUAGCUAGCAUGACAGUUGGGAAAGAUGUCAGCGCCUUAUUUACCGAUGUCGUCAACUGCAUGCAAACUGAUAAUUUGGAGCUAAAGAAGCUAGUCUAUCUUUAUUUAAUGAAUUAUGCUAAAAGUCAACCUGAUUUGGCUAUUUUAGCUGUAAACACAUUUGUUAAGGAUUGCGAUGAUUCAAACCCAUUGAUAAGAGCAUUGGCAGUUAGAACUAUGGGCUGCAUUAGGGUCGAUAAAAUAACUGAAUACUUGUGCGAACCGCUUAGAAAAUGCUUGAAGGAUGAGGAUCCAUACGUUAGGAAAACAGCUGCAGUAUGCGUUGCAAAACUACAUGAUAUAAAUUCACAACUUGUUGAGGAUCAAGGAUUUUUGGACAUGCUUAAGGAAUUAGUGUCCGAUUCUAAUCCAAUGGUAGUUGCUAAUGCUGUAGCUGCUAUUUGCGAAAUUCUUGAUGUAUCGGAUUUGGAUUCAAGCCACGAUACUCUUCGCAUAGACUCGCACAUUAUCAACAAACUAUUGACAGCUUUGAAUGAAUGUACAGAAUGGGGACAAAUUUUUAUUCUAGACGCCAUAUCUUCCUACAAUCCUGAAGAUGAGAGGGAAGCGGGAACAAUUUGCGAUAGAGUAAUUCCUAGACUAGCUCACGCCAAUAGCGCAGUCGUUCUAUCGGCCAUAAAAGUGAUUAUGAAGCUGAUUGACAUGUUAGAUACCAACUCGGACCAGGUUUCGAUUCUUAUUAAGAAAAUGUCUCCACCGCUAGUCACCUUAUUAUCGGCUGACUCGGAAACUCAAUUUGUAGCCUUAAGAAACAUUAAUUUAAUUAUUCAAAAGAGGCACGACGUUCUGAAGCAUGAAAUGAAGGUGUUCUUUGUCAAAUAUAACGAUCCUAUUUAUGUCAAAUUGGAAAAGCUAGACAUUAUGAUAAGAUUAACGAACCAAUCAAAUAUUGCGCAAGUUUUGGCUGAACUGAAAGAGUAUGCGACCGAAGUAGAUGUUGACUUUGUCAGGAAGUCGGUUAGAGCGAUUGGACGUUGUGCAAUUAAGGUGGAAGUAGCUGCUGAGAGAUGUGUUAGCACUUUACUCGAACUUAUUCAGACCAAGGUCAACUAUGUUGUUCAAGAAGCUAUAGUUGUCAUUAAAGAUAUUUUUAGAAAAUAUCCAAAUAAAUACGAGAGUAUCAUAUCGACUUUAUGCGAAAAUCUAGAUACUUUAGACGAACCAGAAGCAAGGGCUAGCAUGAUUUGGAUAAUAGGAGAAUACGCCGAGAGAAUAGACAACGCUGACGAACUGUUGGAAGGCUUUCUCGAAGGAUUUACUGAUGAAAGUGUACAAGUACAAUUACAACUAUUGACAGCAAUUGUUAAAUUAUUUUUGAAACGACCAACUGAAACACCUAGCGAAUUGGUACAGCAAGUACUCUCUUUGGCAACUCACGAAUCUGAUAAUCCGGAUUUGCGAGAUCGUGGAUAUAUUUAUUGGAGAUUAUUGUCAUCCGAUCCUCAAGCUGCAAAGGAGGUUGUCCUCUCCGAAAAACCUUUGAUUAGUGAAGAAACCGAAAUGGUGGAACCAUCUCUUUUGGAUGAAUUAAUUUGUCACAUAUCGACGCUAGCUUCAGUCUUUCAUAAACCAUCAUCUGCUUUUGUUGAAGGUAAAAGUACGGUUAUUAAGAAGCUAACAAGAUCUGUAACGCCCGUACAAACAACUGAUGAACAAAUACCAGAGAAAACUAAGCAAGUUAAACAACCUCCCAGUAAUGAUUUAAUAGAUGACUUAUUACAAAUGGACUUCACACCAGCUCCUAAACAACCCGCCCCGUCUAAUACUACUAGCUGUGACUUGUUGAAUAGCUUAGAUUUAAUAGGCGACAGCCAACCAGCAGCCUUAACAACAACUCCUGUUCAAGUGUUGGCACCAGUACCUGUUUCUGUACCAAUUGCUGCACCACCAAGUAAUAUUUUAGACGAUUUGGAUAUUCUGGGUGGGAUAACAAGCGCACCGUCUCCGAUAGUACCUCCUGCUUUCCAAAUGCAAGGACAAGCUUCAUUAUCCGGCAAUUCCUUUUCUGCUCAUCCGUUUGUAUCACCAACGCAAGUUUGGCUACCGAUGUCGAAAGGAAAAGGACUAGAGCUUAGCGGCAUCUUCAGAAGAAAGGACGGUCAAGUUUAUAUGGAUAUUACUUUUUCGAAUAAGGGUGUUCAGCCUUUAUCGAAUUUUGCUAUUCAAUUUAACAAGAAUAGUUUCGGUUUAGUCCCAGGUCAACAAAUAUCGCAAAUUAACACGAUUGCGCCGAAUACUUCGACAAAUUUCUCCUUGCCGGUCAAUACAAAUGGACCGAUUCACAAAACUGAACCAUUAACAACAUUGCAAGUGGCGAUAAAAAACAGUCUCGACAUAUUUUAUUUCACCACUCAGAUUCCAAUGCACGUUCUUUUCAUUGAAGAUAUUGACGUAAAUAAAUCGUUCUACUUGAACGCCUGGAAGGAAAUACCAGCAGCCAAUGAAGCUCAAACUACCCUUUCAAACAUUCAAUUCAGCACUUUUGAUAUUUUAGCCAAAUUAAAUGCUAAUAACAUAUUCACUAUUAACAAGCAACGAAUUGGAGAGGAGGAUAUUGUCUAUCUUGCUUCAAAAUUGACUAAUGGUAUAUUUAUCAUGAUCGAAUUGAAGAUUCUCCAAUGUAAUAUUACGAUUUCUCUGCGAUCUCGUGUCACUCAAGUUUAUCCAGACGUAAAGAAUGCUGUCUGUGGUAUAAUUAACUGUGCCUAAUAUACAUUCCACUAAAUUGAGAAAAUAAUAUGUGUUUUGAAUGUUAAAAUAUAUUUCUAUAUACAGA